CUCCCGUAAUUAAACGGGAAUUUUCAAAAUGGCGGCUACUGGAAUUGAAGAGGUUCUGCAGUCUCUGAUGGACACUCUUGGACUUUGUGCCGAGAAAAUAAAAGAGGGAAGCUUAGGACAAGUGAUGGAGGACUUGGAGUUGAGUUUCUCUCUGGAAGAAUUUUGGAUGAAACUAGGCAUGACCUUCAGGGCUGUUUCUAAAGAAGCAACUAAACUGACCAUUUCCUUUUCAAAGCCUCCAGUACCAUCAGUUGAUGAACUACAAUGCCUCUUGACUGGAUUUGAGACAUCAGUUGUGGCCAUGUUGACAAUAUUUCGUUCUUUACCAAUAUCCCAAGGGAAAUAUCUUCAUAAGAAACUUCAGGAAUCUGUUCUGACUGUGGUGGACGACUGUCAAAUUCUUGCUGCUUCGUUUAUCAAGGAAGGCUGUUCAAGUGUUGCCAGUGCAAAGACAAAAUCAACAGGAACUUUGUGGGAACAUUGUGAUGGUUUUCAACACCUUCCAGCAGAUGACAAACAUGCAGUUUUACAAGUAUUUCAUUCAAGUUCAGAGUUGAUCAAAGAUGCCCUCACUGAGUUAAAUGAGGCUCAAAAAUGUAAUGGAUGUCAAGAAAAUGAUUGUGAUGAAGAUGAUAAUGCAACAAACAAAGAUGGUUGGUCAAGUGAAGAUAAAUUAUUGGUUCCCCCUUGUAUAGGGCUUGUCAAGGCGUGUAGGUCUUGUCUAAAGAAAAUUUCUGGCGCUAUUCAAACUUCAGGUCAAGUCACAUCAGUGGAAAAUAUUCAGCAACUUGAUUCAAUGGCAGAUGAAAUCCAGAGAACUAGUUCAAGUGUUGACGAUGUGGUCAUGAGUCUUUACAGUCCUAUGAAUCAUCACAAUGUUUCCGAAUCAGCCUCUAAGCUGUCCCACCAGUUGAAAGAGAUACUGAACAAAGCUAGGGAUUCUCAUUUUACGCUGGACUCAGACUCUUCUUGGCUCGACUUUCUAACCAAGGCAAUAGACCAUAAUAUGAACAAGAUUACAAGUGUUCUCCACGAGCUAGAAGAGACGAAUACAUGAUCUUCAAGAACUUCCAGCAAAAUGUAACCAAGACAUGUUAACUAACGGACAUGGUUCAAAUCAGCAGAGGAGCUUAUGAAUACGUUGCUAGUCAAGUCGCAAAAAUAAUGAAUCACAAGAACUCAAAAUCUUGAGUUUGAAUCUAUUAACUUGGAAUUUGUCAUGAAACCGAAAAAAAAGUACUUUUUGUUUAAUUAAUCUGCAUUUUUAUGGCGCCUCACCCUCAUUUAUGUAGGUAAUACUCAGCGAUUUGUCCAGCAAAUUCGCCCACUCCCUCAACCAAUCAGAUUCAAGACUAAAACUAGUUGCAGCUUGGUAACUCGCGUUUUCCCGCGCUUUAGACAGUUUGCUUGAAUUAUUGGCUCC